AUACUUCCAGGGCAUUCCGGAGGCAGUUUCAGAGACAGAGCAGAGAAGUGGUUGUGCGUGCUAAGUUGGGCAUAACAAUUGGAUAGUGUACCAUAAUCCAUGUUGCGUAGUUUUUGUGUGACAGUAUCAUCAUCGUUUGGCCAUAGACAGUCUUGUGUACCCACUUCGUUUGGAUUGAAUAGUCUCCAGAUGGCUUCGGUGUUGUUUCGGAAGAAGCUCUCAUCUUUUGUCACGUUCAGAUAUUGGAGGUGUGAAACUCAGCCAGAUUUAGUACUCGCAAUGGCAGACCGCUGUGAUAAAGAUUGAGAUUUUGCAUUUGUUCCCUCAUGGAUUGUUAGAUACUUGGAUUUUCUUUCUGAACUUCGAAAAGCAUUUUCCUUUCCUUUGAGUUAUACACUAAUAGAUGAGUUGGAAUUGUAACUGCCACUGUUCUACAUUGCCUUGAACUUUAGAUUUCAACCUUACAUGUAAGAUAUUUACCCUGUUUGUCAUUAUGCUGUAUGCCCGAAUACUACUCUAUUGGGAGAAAUUUAAAAAUAACCAGAUUUACAAGUGGUAAUUGAAAAAUA